CAUUUUCUCGCCAUGACGAUGACGGUGACGAUGGCGGCGGCGGCGGCAACGACGUGUUCCGGCCGGGGUUGGGGCCGUUCUGAGGGCUUUCCCGGUGGCGUCACCCCUUCCCCACCCCGGUAUUUCACUUUCGAAACCCCCGCGGCGCCCAGCAGCAACCCCCGGCCCCGCCGCCGCCUUCGCCGGGUGCUCUACCCGCCCGCCGUGCGGCGCCCGCUCCCGGCCGAGGAACCGAACGUGGCCAAGCGGCUCCUGGUGCUGCUUUUGGCUGUGGUGAGCGCCCAAGUGUACAACACGCCUGAAGAGGGGACGCCUGAGGUGGCUGUCACAGCUGUGGUGACACCGGAGACCCCCAAAGCAACUCUGGAGGCUCCCCCGAUGACGCCAGUGACCCCCACUCUUCCUGCGGUGACAUCCAGACACGGAGCGCUUCUCAGGACUGCUGGGACACCCCCAGGGACAACUUGGACACCCAAUGGGACUCUGGUGAGGACGCCGGCAGCACCCAUGGGUGCCUCCUGCCCCCGUCUGCUGCUGUCACCCACUCUUCAACCCCACAACUCCACGGCUGCUCACUGAGGGGCACCCAGGACCCUCACCUUCAUCUCGGGGUGACACCCAGAACCCCGCUGUGCCCGUCACCGCCGCCUCGGGGCUGUGCCACACAGGCUGGACUAGUAGCCGCGCCUAUUUUGGUGCCCACAGGGUGGCACCGAGCACCCAUGGCUGCCCCUUACACGUUUAGGAGGCAUUUUGCACCUAUUAUGGGUGUCCCUACCUCACCUUCGGGGCUGCCCCAACACCCAGGGGUGGUUCGGGGGCCGCUCCCCUCGUUCCUCCUUCCGCCUACGGCAUUUAUUUAUUGUAUUUAUUUCGCGUUAUUUAAUUCGGGGUUAUUUAAUGUCAUUUUGGGGGGUAUUUAAUAAUUGCUUUUUAACAGAACUCGCUGCUGGG